ACGCCUCUCCCCCCACCACCACCACCGUCACCACCACCACCGCCUCCACCUCCCUGAUGGCAGCAGCAGCAGGCGUCUCUGUCUGUGUGCGCUCGUCGUGCCGCGCCAUCGUGCCGAGCUAACGGUGUCCGGCCCAGGCGUCGCGAUGUGGCGACAGUCGUCGCGUUCCGCACGGCCCUAGGAAGGCGCAGCCGCCGGGCGGGGGGACAAGACCGCGUGCCGAACACCUCUUUUUGCUCGAGGACCUUGGAGGAGGACGAGGAGGAGUAAGAUAUUUAUAUAGGGCGUCCAUUUAGAGAGGUUUGGUAGGUUGGAGGUUGUUUUGCGCUCACGGCGAAGGACCUCGAGGGGGAAGGGAUUGAGUCCGUGGCGGUGGGGCGGCGAUGGAGGUGGCAGCCGCUUGACCCGCGUCCCGACAACUUGGCACGAGGAGCCGGGGGUGGUGGCGGCGGCUGAGGGGCUGCAGGGAGGAAUCGAGCCAGGAGGGGAGAGCGAGGGAGACCUGGAGAAGUAUCUGCUGACGAGUGGGGAGUCCUCCGCAAUGGACGAGAAGCUCAAGAUGCCGGGCUCCCCACUCGACAAGAGCCCCGAGGAGCUGGGCGCCCUGGACGUGUACGACAUCGCGGCGCUCCUGGGCCGCGGCUUCGAGAGGGCCCUGGCGGCGGGGACCGAGGGCGGAGAGGUGGCACGUGAGGCAGUGCACGAGCUGAUGGCACCUGUGAUCCGCGUGCUGGAAAUGCUGGAGGCUCUGGCUGUUCGGAACGGAGCGGACACUGAGUCCACUACGCUGCGAGAGCAACUGGAGUCAGCCAAGAGAGAAACCAUUACGCUGUCCGCGAGGGACUCCCGGCACAAGCAGGAGCUGGAGUUGGUGGAGACGUACUGGAGGGAGAGGGAAGAGGAGAUGCUGGGUUGCAUGACGGAGCUGCAGGAGGAGAACCGCAAACUGGACAGCGCUUUACGUCGACGGGACACCGACAAUGCCGACACCGAGGUGGAGGAGACGCAGGCGGAAGGUUUGACUGAGAAGGAGCGGGACGUGAUGAUCAAACUCAAGGAAGUUGUGGACAAGCAGCGGGAUGAGAUAAGAGCCAAGGACCGGGAUAUCAGCCAAAAGAAUGAAGACGUGGAAGCGCUGCAGCAGCAGCUCUCGCGGCUGAUCAAGAUCAACAACGAGCUGCGGCACAAGCUGGCCGUGAUGGAGGCGCAGGGGAAGUCGCUCAUCGAGCAGAAGGUGGAGCUGGAGGCCGAUCUGCAGUCGCGCGAGCAGGAGAUUGGGCGCCUGCGCGAGACGGCGGCGAGCGUCGCCAGCGCCUUCCUGGAGCAGAGCGAGUGCCAGGAGGGCGCGGUGGCACACCACCCCGGCACGGGCGAGGACAAGCUUUCAUUCUUCCCUGGGGUAGAGGAUGAAGAAGAUGAAAGUGUGGGGAUGGACGGGAAGCUCGUGGUCGAUCUCAAGGACCCCAACCGGCCUCGCUUCACGCUGCAGGAGCUGCGCGAGGUCCUACAGGAGCGCAACGAGCUCAAGGCCAAGCUCUUCCUGCUCCAGGAGGAGCUGGUGUACUAUAAGAGCCACAACCACCCAUGGAUGUCGGGCGUCCGGAAACGGCUGCGAGGUUUUUUUCCCGUCAGUGAGGAUAGUGACCUGGACCCAUCACCUCCCGGGAGACCUCUCCCAUCACAACACGCCAUCGUCAAGCCUUCCCCACAGGACUCGGGCAUCCGUCGCUUGUUCAGUUUUUUUUACAAGGACCGCCCCGCAGGCAUGAGGAAGCUGUCGGUGGAGGCUGCGCGCCCCGGCGAGACACGGCAGUCUGCGACGGCUCCUGAGCAGAGGCCGCCCUCCGACGGGGAGGCAGUGGAUGCAUCAGGCCUCACCGGCAGCACGGCCACCCUCAAGUCCAUCAGCCUCAACCCGUAGCCCCCUCCCCCCCCCCCCCCCCCCCCGAAGCGUGUACUACGGGGGGGUCAGGGGGUCGGGGGCGGUGUUUUGACGCGGAGGCUGCGUUACAGGGUUAAGGGCAGAGAUGUUCACCCUCUCGAGCGCUGCGGUAUGGAGCGCGGCCGUCGAUUCGUGCAGCUGGAGCCGCAGGCUGAGCACGUGCGUGGUUGAGAAAAAGCGCCUUGGAUCAGGGAAUGUGUUUCCUUGUUCGAAGCGGUUUUAUUUUUUUAUUUUCUGCUGUAUGUAUGUAUGUACGUUCGUAAGUAUGUUGUACUUAUUUCGCACCGUAUGUAGCCAACCGUGCUUAUCGGAGGUACUGUGUUUUAUCACUCUGGAUGCAAUUAUUAUUUGGCAUGUCGUGGGGAUACAUACUUCUGCUCAUUAAUGUGGACAUAUGUACCUCAAUGUCGUCGGCUGAAGUCCAGAGUGAGGCCACUUUUUCCUCAUUUUGUACAGCGUGCGCCUGCCUUCCUUAGCCGUCGCUAACAGCAGCAUUCGCUUUUGAUGAAAAUUAGAAUCGCGUUACUUAUGCUUUUGUUUUUUGAAUAUUUCUACGGACUGCUGUGCACAUCUUGAGACUUUGUGCAAGGUCAACAAUUGAGUGUUGCUUGUUACUGCACUCAGUUUUUCUUCAUUUAAAGCAAGUGAGAGCCCUGGCGAUGAUAGCUUCGAGUGGACGUCCCAUGGAUUAAGUGGACGUCCCAUGGAUUAAUGAAUGAAAAAAGGAAAUUUUUACAUAAUCAUGAUGAAUUAAAGUAUUAAAUAGAUCAUGUCUUGCACCUGUUAAGGCAUUGCUGCUUCAAAGUCAACUCGUGUUAAAUAGUUGUUUUAGUAGGUUUGUUUAGCUGGGUCAAGUAGCACAAAACCACCCUCACACUUAAAUACGUUUUACUUCAUCGCAUUUUAAUAAGCACAAGUGACUUUUAAUUUAUAUGUGGUGUAUUACAAAUUGGUUGGAGUUCAUGUAUAAUACCACAGUAUGAAAAGGUGCAAGGAAUGCUUUGUUUUCUUGUUCAUAACGCGCGCAUGACAUACCGGGUCAUGUUUGCAGCACUCGAAAGCAAUAGUAUUUUAGCGUCGUAUUAAAUAUUUGAUUACUUGACGAGGAAUCGUCAAAAAAAGUCUCGGUGACUUAUGAUGCACUGUAGCCAAAUAUCACACAGCCUGCAGAGGAAGACUUCAACCGGUGGCAGCAGAGAGCAAAAUAUUAGGUGGGCGAGCAUGGCAGAUACUGCCAUGUAAGGUGAAAGGGGUUGGAAGUGGAAUCUGUUGUUAAUCCACUGCUGGAUGAAGGCCUCCACAAUCUCCCACCAUCUCCCGCGAGCCUGCGAUUUAAACCUUUAACCUUUGCUAUUGUUGCACUUAUUGAUUGUCUUAACGACCGGGUGAAUAUAUUUAUAACAAUUCUACUUUUGUCAAUCCAAAGCGUAGAUGAGGGGCCUCCCCAUGCCCACUUUGGUCGUGGGAUAUUUGACCGUACUUCACACUGGUCAAUGUGGGUCGGUGCAGGGGGGCGCCCAGGAUUGGUCCAGACAUUUCCCCACCGCCGGUUAUUAACCUCGCCCGGCAAUCGAAUUAAAGGUCGCCAGUUUGGGUAGCGCGUCUCGCGAACCACCGCGUGCCACCGCUCUCCCAAGCAGACAUUCAUUAUCAUCUGCAGAAGUGGUGAUUUGUUGGACUCGAGAGCACAUUGCCUUAGAACCCGUUUAAGGGAGGCAACUCAAUCUCGGCAGUAGUGUGUGGGGGGGGGGGGUGAGGCACGGUGGAUUGACGAAGGGGUGCCAAUAAAAUGAAACCUGCCUGGGCUCGAAUAAGACGACACCCUGCUAAUACUGACCAGGGGCAUCUGCCGUGAAGGCCGGUCUCUGCUUCACGCGAUUUUUCGAGAGAGAGGGAGAGAGGUGCCGGCGACACAGUCCCAUUCAUCACUCGCGCCGCGCUUGUCACAGGGUCGUUACACGCCGGGCUCCGCACUGCCUCUGCUCACGCUGCGGCCAGUGGCCGGGUGAUGAGACCGCGCGGGAAAGGCGUUACUCUAGCCACAUGAUGACGUCACAUGACGACGUCUCUCUUCUGCCCCGGUGGCACACGGAUAGGAGCACUGCGCGCCUCUUCUCGUUGCUCGACAAUACAAGCAGUCGAAGGUUGUUUUAUAUUUCAAUUAUUGUUGGUUUGAAUCUGGCCACAACCGAUUAUUUAGCGACCAGUACAUAAUCUCAUGAUUACGUUUUCAAGUGCCCUUGCUUUCACAGUACUUGUGUGUGGAGCACCCUUAAGCCAGCCUACAAUGAUUAUCAUCAUGGAAAGUGUUAAAUACUCCUUCGGUUGCAUAUAGCUUGUGUUGGAUAACAUUGGGCAGUUUUAUCAAUGUGUCCAUUGGUGCACCUUCACCGAUGCUAUUUCAUCAAUUCUGACCAUUACAUGGCAUCUGUGCUGCCAGAUUCUCAUUUGAAUUUUUAUUGAAAGAGAAUAUAAACGCCGCUGCAUCUCAAGAUGCUGUACGAAAUAGUGGGAUGCUUGUCACAGUGACCAUAGAAACGGGGAGGAAUGUGAACGUAUUGGCGGUACAUCGGUGGUGCGCGGUAUAAAAAAAAACGCAUUUUUUCGCAAUCAUUUAUUUUACGGUGAGAAUAUUGCGGGGUGGUGGUGCUGGUGCUGGUGGUCGUGCGUCAAAGUCGGUGUUGGUAAUGUCGAAGCAAUCGUAAGAAGACGGACAUUAUGAGCGGCUGAACACGAAGCUUCACAGUCCGUUGCCGUAUAGCAGCACCCAGCCUGAUGGCGAUUAGCUGGCUCCGUGUUCCAAAGGCCAAGUUUUGACUCCUUGUGCCCUAGACUUGGUUUGUCGGUUCCUCGAUUAAUUUCCGGAAUCAUUUCUUGCGAGACGGUGGCAUCAAACGUUUACGACUCAUGUCACACAUUCGAAAGGCAACUGCUGAUGGAGAAUCUGCGGCUCACUCAAGGGCAAUAGCGACAGCGUCAGACUGUAUUAUGAGGACCGGUGUGUUACGCUGCACCGGUGUACCGCUAAAUACGUCCAUAUGUUAUGAAGGAAAGACACUUCUUAGAUAUUCUAUGGGGCUUUCGGUAAAGCCACGUAGAUAGAAAAAAAUAAUACAAAUAUCACGACGUUUCGAUCGCAACACAAGCAAUCGUCUUCAGGUGAGAGGGAGAGAGAGAGAGAAAGCUGCUGAGACGAGGUCUUAUAUUGGCCUGAGAUGGGUGCAUCAAUGUAGGUGGGUGGAGCUAGAGAUGGUCCAACCACAGAGGCUGGGGCAGUGGCCCUUGUAUUGUGAGAAAUUAGCCUGUCAGAUAGUCGUAGGCUGAAGAGAAGAGUAAGGUUUUGAGCCUGGAUUGGAACGGGCAGGGAGAUGACAGCAUGAAUGGCCCUGCCGUGUUGUGGAAUAUGUCACAACUUGGGGCAUCAGCAGCAGAGAAGGAGUAACCUCCCACUGAGUGGAAGUUGUCGGAUGUUUUUGAGAGGUGGUGCUGGUUGUGCAGGGCCUGCGGAGCGAGUUAGCUGGCAGGAGUCUACGCCGCUCUUGAUGUACGCAAAGCUCUAAAUAUAUGAAUGAGAUGUGUUUCUUUGCAAUCAAAAAUGCAUUUAUAGGAUUGUGUUCUGUUUUAAGCAUUGAGAUGCAUCUUCGUGAUAACAUGAAAUUAUGUUGAUUUUAAGCUUUUGUGACUGCAGGAAUCCAUACUCUUUGGUGCUUUCGGUAAAGUCACGUAGGUAGAGAAAGAACCAUAGGGUAUGUAUAAAAUUGUGUUUUAAGGGCGACAUUUCUUUUUCAUAGCAGAUGCAGAAUUGUGAAGAUAGAUGUGCAGUUUCAGUCAUGGAAUUGGCUGAGUGAGAGGCAUUUGGUGGUUUCAAGUGUGAAUUAAAUUACUCCAAAUUCAAAUGCGUUUGAGGCCAAAAGUUUUAGAUCGGAUAUUUCAAAAGCACGGUGGUGAUAUGAACCCAAUUUAAGAACUUUUUCAACGCGGAUGAGUAACUUCUGUGAGAAGUCUUCUAAGUUGGGGAACGUUAUCUACACUCAGUGAUGAAAUGCAUGGGCAUCAAUUGAUUAUUAUGUAUAGCCAUUUCCUUGAAUAGCAAAAUUCAUCAUCUUGUAGGGAUUGAUGUUAACGGUAUUGUUAUGACUUGCAAUCGGCAGGCGUAUCCCCCUGUUUCAAUGGAGAGUAUUUAAGUUCCCCUUGCAACUCCUGUAUCAUAUUCAAGUACUGAACGUGCAAUUGUACAAAUUUACAAAUGUGUUGAAAACAUGCUGACAAUAGGUGGGCAGUGGACACACUUCGCGUGUUACAUAGCAAAGCAUCCGAGGGAGUUCAAGAAGAUGCUUUGCAGCAAAUCGUUUGUGUACAUUUCUGACCACAUGCCACUGUGCAGUGAAUCAAGUGCACUUGGCAGAAUGGUUACAAUACUGAUCAUUAUUGUUAUCUACAGUACAGCACAUUUUCUUUUGGCAUAGAAACACCAGGUGACCAAUAGCGUGUACCAUGAAAUGGGCCACAUGCUUUCUGAACUCAACCGAUUGUUUGCAAUGGGUGACUAUAGUGAUGUAAAGACUGACAUUUAUGGAUUACUUGUAAAUCGGAUCAUUGAGACGCUGUUACUCCCUUGUUCAUCACCAAACUAGUGACGUGUUUUCAUAUGAUGAGUGCAUGAGAGGCACGGAGAGCCGAAUAUUCCAGCACACUGCCCGUUUAAAAUGCAAAAGCACUAGUUGUGGUGAUCAUUCCACAUUCCAGUUUGUUCUAAUCCAGUCUGAAAAAAAAAACAUCUAAAACUUUGCCUCGUGUACACCAAAAGUUUUAAUCCACCGAGCGUGAAAAGGAGACCCACUCGUCUCUCCACAACAAUUAAUGUACUAAAUAAUAAAGUGAACAGAUAACGACGAUAACAACGGACACCCACUUGACAGAAAGAGAAGUCAUUUUGGGAGAACAGAAUAUUGCUUCGCACGGUAAAUUUGUGCCGAAUAUGAUAUGACCCAAUGGGAGAUUGCUCACUAUAUCUACAUAUUUUAGUUGUGCAUUAUGGAAAAUUACUAUUUUAAGAAACACUUUUUGGUAUUUUCCUUACACCAAGGAGUGAAGAUACAGGGUGGUCUUACAGGGUGUUUGCUGUCAGUGCAACUGCGAUGCCAAAACCAAUUUGAUGUCGAGCUCGCUGAAAUUUGACGGGGAACAUCGUACAUGACUCGGUCUCGUUGGCGGACUUGUAUCAGAGGUUGAUUGGAAUGUAUUCAUAGCUCUCAUUAAUGUGAGAGCUUUGAAUAGACUAGGACUCACUGGGUGACUCGUAUCAAAGCUUGAUUGGAAUGUAUUCAUAGCUCUCAGUCAUGUGAAUAAUUACAUUUAUUCACUCAGGAAGGCCUUGCUGAUUAUCCAUUGUUACCUUUUCAACUGGAUCCAGUUUUAUCAGUUAGAUAUAAAGAGUAUUUUACAUUUUGAUUUAAAGCUUUCGUGACUGCAGGGAUUCAUGUUCUUUGUUCUUUCGGUAAAGUCACCACGUAGAAGGGAAACAAUAAAAUAAUAAAAAUA